AUGGAGACCCCGGCCCGGCGCAGCAGGCGCUCUGUCACCUCCUUGCCAGGCCUGGGAUUCGAUGAGGAUCAGGAAGGACUGCGUGGUCAGCGCCUGGACGGUGUGAGGCCUACAGCCAUCUCGCUCCCUGUAGAGGAAGGAGACAAGAAGGAGUGUUUGCUGUACAAGCGGAAGCAGGGAGCAGAUGUAGGAGAGGAAGGAGAAAAAGAAGAAAUUCGAGGAGGAGGCGGGGAAGGAGGCGGAGAAGGAGGCGGAGAAGGAAGCCAGGAUGGCGCAAGCGUUCUGGGUCCCGCGGAUGAAGAACAAGGCCUGGUUGGUGACAGUGUUCCUGGCCUUGUGGCCUCUAACAACCAUGAGGGCGGAAGCACCGGAGUCGUUGGCCAGGAGCUUGGGAGGCAACAGGAGGAGCUGAUCGAAGGGAGAGCCAACAGACGCCAAGCUGGGAGCAGGCAGGGGCAGCAGGCCAGGAGUUCCACAUUCACCUCAUUACAGCUCCAGGAGUUGGAAACAAUUUUCCAGCGUCAUCAAUACCUCAACGGGUUAGCACGAUAUGAGCUCGCAAGACGCAUGGAUGUAACUGAAGCCAAAGUGCAGGUUUGGUUUAAGAACAGGAGAGCCAGGUGGAGGAGACACCAGAGAACUUUAAGGGCCAGAAAUACACCCCCUAUUGUCCAGCGCUACCCUGUCACCGUAAUCUGGGGUGGAACCUAUUAUGCCAUGUUUGCUUGGGACCCAAAUUUGGUGCCAUUCCUUCCGGGGGCACUGCCAUUCUUGCUGCCCCUGCCACCUAUACGACCCCUGUUGCUGUGGCCACCCAUGCCCACGCCCGUGCACUUGCUGAUGCCCAUCCCGUGGCCUAUGCAGCCGCCCAUGCCACCGCCAUAUCCUCCCCUAUUCUUGCCUCCUCUGCCCUUCUAUUUCACGCCCCUGUCUCCCUAUGGCCCGGCCCCCUGUGGCCUGAUCUGGAUCCUUAUUGUGAGCCAUUCUUUUUGA